UUGUCUGUCAUAAGUCGAGCGACGGAUUUUUCCAUCUCUUUUUUUUUCUUGGGAAUUAGUGAUCGCUCGGCUCUGCUAGGGAAAAAAAGAGCGGGAUGUCUCUACGAUGCGGGGGCGCGGUCCGCACCGUGGGCCCCCGGGUAUUUGGACGAUAUUUAUGCAGUCCAGUCAGAAAAGUAAGUUCCUUGACAGAUAAAAAAAGGGAAUUUUUACAGAAUGGACCAGACCUUCAAGAUUUUGUAUCUGGUGAUCUAGCAGACAAGAGCACCUGGGAUGAAUAUAAAGGAAACUUAAAACGCCAGAAAGGAGAAAGGUUAAGACUACCUCCAUGGCUAAAGACAGAGAUUCCCAUGGGGAAAAAUUACAAUAAACUGAAAUAUACAUUGCGGAAUUUAAAUCUUCAUACGGUGUGUGAGGAAGCUCGAUGUCCCAAUAUUGGAGAGUGCUGGGGAGGCGGAAAAUAUGCCACUGCCACAGCCACGAUCAUGUUGAUGGGUGACACAUGUACAAGAGGUUGUAGAUUUUGUUCUGUUAAGACUGCAAGAAAUCCACCUCCGCUGGAUGCCAAUGAGCCCUAUAAUACUGCCAAGGCAAUUGCAGAGUGGGGUCUGGAUUACGUUGUCCUGACGUCUGUGGAUCGAGAUGAUAUACCUGAUGGAGGAGCUGAGCACUUUGCAAAGACUGUAUCUUACUUAAAGGAAAGGAAUCCGAAAAUCCUUGUGGAAUGCCUCACCCCUGAUUUUCGAGGAGAUCUUAAAGCAAUAGAAAAAGUUGCUCUGUCAGGAUUAGAUGUAUAUGCACAUAAUGUAGAAACAGUUCCAGAAUUACAGAGGAAAGUUCGUGAUCCCCGGGCCAAUUUUGACCAGUCUCUACGUGUACUGAAACAUGCCAAGGAAGUCCGACCUGAUGUUAUUUCUAAAACGUGUAUAAUGUUGGGUCUAGGUGAGAGUGACGAGCAAGUGUAUGCAACAAUGAAAGCACUUCGUGAGGCAGAUGUGGACUGUUUGACUUUAGGACAAUAUAUGCAGCCAACAAAGCGCCACCUUAAGGUUGAAGAAUACGUUACUCCUGAAAAGUUCAAAUACUGGGAAAAAGUAGGAAAUGAACUUGGAUUUCAUUAUACUGCAAGUGGCCCACUGGUGCGUUCUUCAUAUAAAGCAGAAUGAGAACAUGAUGUUGGAGCUGGAGCAGCCAUCUUGGACCAUGAGACAGAAGACUUGUGUCAAGGGUGGCAGAGUCCAGGUAAAGAAGUCUGAGCCUCUGACAACUAUGGAAGUGCUCUGCCAGCCCUGGACCACCAACCUGGACUUCCAUGUGUGAGAAAAAUAUGUUUCCCUUCUGUUUAAGACACUAUCAUUUUUGGUCCCUUUUAGAGCAGCCAAGUUUAUACUAAUAUAAUUUGUAAGUCAUUUAUUCUAAUGCCUUUAAAAUAAAUGCCUAUUAAAAUUAAGAAAAAUGUAUGUUCACCUAAAAUAAUCUCCCAUGUUACUAGUGGUAUAUUGUAAAAUGCAGACCUACAAUUAGUCUCUUAGUCUAUAUUCAAGAAAAAGGAAGGGAGGAAGACAGCACGAGGUCACGUAUCCAACUUAUCCUCUGAAGUUUAAAGGUCCUUUAUAAGUAUUAUUUUGCAAGGCUGGCACUAAUGAUAUAUUUAUGCCUGGGUUUUGGUCUAAAACUUUAAUACAGUGUCAAUGUAUGAAUAAACUAGAUGGUAACAUUUAGUUUGGGGCUGUAACUCUGGAAAACUAGUUUGAGGGCUAUCCUUUAGUGUGACUAACAAAGUUAAUAUCUUUUCUUUUUUUUUUUAAAGAAAGUGACUGCAUUUUAAAAAGAAAACCUCCAGUGAUUCAUCAUUUUAACAAUUCUAAAUUAAACUCUUUAGUGGCAUUAAGUACAUUCACAAUGUUGUAUAACCAUUGGUGUCUCCAUUUCGACAGUGAAGUGAAGCCCAAACUCAGCCUGAAGCUCAAGGCUUUCUGCAAUCUGUCCUUAGUCUAAACUUCCAGUCUCCUCCAGCUCUCCCUCUUCACGCUCUCUUCAACCCUAAACCAAAAGCAACUUGCUCUCCCCGGAACCAGUCUGAAUUCUCCUGCAGGCAUCUUUGGGCUCCCCUUGCUCCUGCCCCUGAUGUGCUCACUGGACACAGCUUCCCUCUCAAGACCAUGUUUGUCUGUUAAGGCCCACCUCAAAUGCCCACAUAAGCAUUUGGGUCUUCUCAUUUACGGCUGUUUUCAUAGUUGGUCAGUUAUUUCUGCACGUGUCUUAGCUUCUCUGCAAGAUUGCCCUCAUGCAUCUGUGCCAUUUCUUAGCACCUCACAGCAUCGACCGUACAGUGACUACACAG